GAGAGAAAGUGGGAAGACAUCUGCAGUGAUUCCAUAAUGGCUCCUCCAGAUAAUACCCACCUCCCUCCUCUUGCUGAUACGUUUGAUGAGGAUGAAGCUGAGAGGGACUUUCUUGUGUCCAAGCCUACCUGUUUCCUUAUUGUUGGAAAACCAGGCACUGGAAAAGCUACACUAGGGAAGAAGAUCUCACAGUCAUGGAACUGCAUUUACAUUGAAGCCCAAGAAUUGAUUAAUGAACACAUAAAGAGAGGAACUGAACAAGGCAAAAUGAUUCUAGAACUCCUGUACAAAGGUCUAAGCGUUCAGGAUGAAUUAAUAGUACAGAUGAUUGUGGACAAGAUUAAUUCAGAAGAGGUUGCCCAUUACGGUUAUGUAUUUUGUGGACUUCCAUCACUGUCUGAAGAAUAUAUGAAGAUUACUGAACAGAUCAGCCUAAUAAAAAAUUUAAAAUUAAAGCCAGAUGUCAUCAUAAAUAUUAAGUGUCCAGACAAAGAUUUGAGCAAAAGACUGGCAGGACAGAAGCAGGAUCCAGAAACCGGCUCAGUUUAUCAGUGUGAAGACUGGGAUCCAGCAUUUAAAGAGAAAAAUAGAAAAUCCCAGGAAGGAGAAGGAGAAGAAGAAGAGGAAGAAGAGCUUGAAGAAGAGGGAGAAGAAACUGAGAACAUAAAAGAAAUCUUGGAUCGGCUUGUGCAUAGACCUGAGGAUUUCCCUGAAAAUGUUGAGGAACGUAUACGACUUUACAAAGACACUAUACUACGCCCUGUGGAGGAUCUAAUGAUUGAUCAUGACCCUCAAUAUGUAAUAGAACUUGAUGGAAAUAAGAAGCCUGAAGAAUUAUUUGUGUCUGUGUCGGCUCGUCUUGAAUAUUUGAGUCUGCGUCAUGGAGCUGUGGUGAUUAAACUCUACAACCCUGAAGAGGAAGAUUCAACAGAAGGGCUGGAAGAUGAUGAACUUCUGCGGACACUCUCAGCUAACCGUAGAAUCGCCCCAAGAUAUAGGUGGCGUAGAAGCAGAUGGGGCACACUGUGUCCUGUGGCUCUGAAAGAAGGAUAUAUAAAAAAAGGGUUACCAGAGUUUGCUGUUAGUUUUCUAGAUAAAAUAUACCUAAUGUCCUCUGAGGAAUCACUUAAAAGGUUCAUGCAGAAUCCUCGUCCAUUCCUCCUUCCUCCUAUGCCCCUGCCACCCUGUAAGGUUGCUGUUAUGGGGCCAAAGUUUUCCGGGAAAACCACCAUUUGCAAUUCAUUAGCUAAAAAAUACUCAGGAAAGGUCUUUGACAUGUCUGUGCUGAUUUUACCACAUGUUGAGGAAGCAAAACAAAAUGCUCUUGCAAAAGCCCAUGAAGAUGCCACUGAGAAAGCUAUAGAAGCUGUGAAAUUAAAGCUGCAUCAGGAGAAAUUGUUGAAAGAACAAGCGAUGGCAAUGGCAGAUGUUCAAAAAGACACAGACAUACAAGAGGGAACAGAUGAUAUUUCCUCAGCUCAUACAGAUGAAGAGCACAGUGUAAAAGAAAGCGUAGAGAAAUCUGACACAACAGAAGAUGACUCUUCCAAAAAGCAGGCAGUAGUGGAAAUUGCAGAGGAGCAAAGUGUCAUUCAACAAGAUGAAAGCGUAGAGAAAUCUGACACAACAGAAGAUGACUCUUCCAAAAAGCAGGCAGUAGUGGAAAUUGCAGAGGAGCAAAGUGUCAUUCAACAAGAUGAAAGCGUAGAGAAAUCUGACACAACAGAAGAUGACUCUUCCAAAAAGCAGGCAGUAGUGGAAAUUGCAGAGGAGCAAAGUGUCAUUCAACAAGAUGAAAUGGUUGAGGAAGCUAUGAAAAUUGCACGUGAGACUCCAGUAACAUUAGGUGCAGAUGUUUAUGUCAGUGCACUGGAGAAAGCUAUAACAGAGUUCAAUGAAGAAAAUAAAGAGCGGUUUCCUGGUGCCCCAGCUGUUGGAGGAUGGGUAUUAGACAAUUUCCCAAAUUCCCCAAAUUUUUGGAUACCUGUUAGUGAAAAGGGGCUUCUACCUGAUAUUGUCAUUUGCUUAAGGAACGCAGCUGAUAAUGGAAACUGUCUGUUAAAUAGACUGUACUUGUUGAAUAAAGAGGAAAUAAAUAAUAAUAUAAUGCAAAGACUUGAGAAGGAAAGGGCAAGAAAGCUACAGGAAGAGGAAGAAGCAAGAAAAGAACAGCAGGAGAUAAUGAGAUUGCAGUUAGAACAGAAGAAACAGCAGGAGGAAAUGCAAGACCCCUUAGAACCUAUUGAAGAAAAGCUACAAGAUUCCAGUGACCAGCCUCUGUCUGAUAUAGAACAAACGGAUCCUGCUUCUCCAAAAGAUGUGUCACAGCCCAGUUUAGAAGAUGUUGAUCCAUUACAAGAGCCGGAACAACAGAUGGACCCUGUACAAGAAAUUGUUUUACCUGAAGUUCCCGAGGGCGGAUUUCCAGAUGUGCCUGAGAUGGAGCCUCUGAAGGCACUCAUAAACAAAUUUAAUGAGGACUGGCAUCUGCUGGAGCCGGUGUUCAGUGAAGCAUCUCUUCUAAAUGUUACUUACCUGGAAAUGGCUAAUAAAUCACCAGAAGCUCUUCUCCAAGAGUCGGUAACUGCUAUGGAAAAACCAUUUCAGUAUCAAGGAUGGGAAGUAACCACUCAGGACAUAGAUGAGGAAGUAGAAGACAUACAGGCAGAGCUGGAUGCUGAGGAGCAAGAAGGGGAGGGAGAAGAAGAAGAAGGAGAAGAAGAAGAAGGCAAUGAAGAUGCAGAAGAAAAGAAGCAUUACGGAGAUUCCAAACACUUCUGCCCAGUGGCAAUAAAGGACAAAUUUAUACUCCAGCCAGGACUGCAGGAUAAUGCUGCUAUAUACAGAGAGAAGACAUACUACUGCUCAAGCCCUGAAGCAAGAAAGACAUUUCUAGAGAAUCCUGAGAAUUAUGUUGUCCAUAAAGAACCAUUACAGGCUCCACCAUUGAGAGUCCUCUUGAUUGGAACAGGCGGCACUGGGAAAACAGUUAAUGCAAGAUGGUUAGCCAACAAAUUAGGUAUGUUCCACAUCCAGUUUCAAGAACGCCUGCAAGAGAUCAUGCUAUCUAAGCUGGAAAAAAAAGUCGGACCCCACUAUGAAGAAGAAUCAGUUGAGGAAGACACAACUGAUGAAGACAUGUUGCUUUUAUUAGAAAAUGAAAACACAGAGGAAAGUAAAAAGGAGGAAUCGAAGGAUUCAAAGGAAGAGGUUGUUCUUACAUUAGAAGAGGAGGCCAUAAAGUCUUAUUUAACUGACAACGACCCACUACCAACUGAAGUGCUGGACCAGUUUGUAACAGAAUGGUGGACCAAGGAGCCUUUUCGCUCCACUGGAUUUAUUCUGGAUGGAUUCCCAAGCAGCAUAGAAGAAGUCCAGUACAUAGGAGAACGAGGCUUCUUCCCAGACAUUGCUGUAUUUCUGGAAGCAGAUGAGAGUGACAUUUGUGACCGCCUGUUGCCCCCUCGACUCGCUAAAUGGCAAGAACGUCGAAGAAGAAAAGAAGAUCGCAAAAGGAAGCUGAGAGAGAUGAAGAAGAAAAUAAGGGUAAUUGGUAUUGCCAAGAGAAGAGCCGAACUUUUAGCAGAACAAAUUAUAAAUGCAGAAAACGAGGUAAAAAAAGAUCCUGAUGCCAGUGAUGAGGAAGAUGAGGAAGAAGAAAAGGAAGAGGUAGACCCAAUUGAGCAGAUUCUUUCUGAAGAAUUCCCAGAAGAAGAAGAAGAAGAGGAGCAGGAGGAAGAAGAACAAGAGGAGGAUGCCGAAGAGAGAAUGAAAUCUGAGAUUGGAGAAAAAUGUAUAGGUGAUGUUGAAUCACUUCAAACAGUCAAAGAUGAACUUCAAAGCCUAAUGAUACCGUGUGUUACAGUCAAUACAAGCCGUAAAUUGCACAUUGUGCAUUUCCAGCUAUAUGAAAAACUAAAGAACAUAGUGGAAAAUCGAGAAUGUCUGUUUGAAAAAUGUUUUCCCAUUAGCCAGUCCCUUGCAUACAAGAUGCUUCAUAUGUCAUAUAAGCACCCCAGUAUCUUUAGACGAUGGGACCCUGUCAAGCUCGGUCAAGGAGAAGUAAUUAAAUCUUUACAAAAUCAAGAGCAUCCUAGUUUUCCUCUGAUUUACAGGCAAUACAUUUACUUUUUUUCAACCAAAGAAAACAGGCUCGCAUUUAUGAAGAAUCCCAUUAAAUGUAUCCAUCAGCUGAAGCCUAAACCCUCAGUGCCAAUUAGAAUUGCAGUCGUUGGACCUCCCAAGUCUGGAAAAACCACAAUUGCCAACAUGUUUGCUAGCACAUAUGGCUUACAGCGACUGUCAAUGGGAGAUGCCAUUCGGUCGGUGUUAGAAAAUCAGCCAGACACAGAGCUUGCAUCAGACAUAAAAAGUCUUCUUGUGAAGGGAUUGGCUGUGCCUGAUGAGCUUGCAAUCAAAUGUCUAGAAGUAGCACUGAUGGAUCCAACAUGUAACACAACAGGGGUUGUUCUGGAUGGAUAUCCAGCAACUGAACAACAAGCUGUCCUUCUGCAAGCCUGCAGCAUAAUCCCAAUAAAGAUCUUUGAAUUAGAAAUACAAAUGAGGGAGAUUUUAUACAGAGGACAACUGGACAAAAAGGAAUCAAAAAGGCCGUACCCUGUACAUGACAGUGCACAGAUAUUAACUGUGCGAAACUCCAAUUAUAAGCAGGAGAUCCAACGUAUUAAGGAAUAUUAUGUGAUGCAACAUCAAAACUGGUGUGAAGUAGAUGCCACACGGAGCAAAUGGUGGGUGUCAAAUCAAAUUGUUGAAGAAGUCCGGGUAAGCAUCAAUCAAGUGCAAACCUACAUGGAAAGAACAAUGGAAGGUAAAGCAGCUGCUAUUGCUGAUUUCUGCAUCACCCACCAAGAGCUGGUGUCUCGCCUGGGAGAGUUUGGACAAUACUGUCCUGUAAGCCUGGCACAAAGAGGAGAGCUUGUCGAUUGUUCGGUAACAUCAUCCCUGCAGUUUGCAGCUGAAUUCCGUGGACACUACUACAAGAUGGCUUCACAGCAUGAACUAUCUGCCUUUUUACAAGAUCCGGAAUUAUAUGUUCCACCAUUAGCACCACGCCUGCUUCCGCCUCCUGAGAUGUUACCAAAGAAACUAACAGUGGCUGAUGUGAAGGCUAGAUUCCCAAAAAAUGCAGAAAUGAAGGGCUACUGUCCAGUUACCUAUGUUGAUGGGAAGAAAAGGUAUGAAGCUCUUCUCCCUGGAAGCAUUGAAUAUGCUGUGGAAUACAGAGAUAAAAUCUACAUUUUUGAAAGUGAAAAAAAGCUGCAAAAAUUCAUGAGACUCCCAGAACAGUAUUGCAACCACAAACUUCCAUCUAAACUGCCACCAAAGAUGGAGCCAAUUGUUCUAACAUCUCUUCCUUUAACUGGAUAUCUGGAACAGGGAGUAGCCACUGCUUUAAUAAAGGCUUUAAAUGAUGUAGGCUGUUUAAAGCCUAAGUAUCCGUUUCUAAGUGUAAAACGAUCUGCUUUGCUUUAUAUUGCUUAUCACCUCAAAGCAUACAAUUCACGCAAUUCAGAUUAUAUACGGAACAAGUACAGGAAGAAGAUGGAGAAAUUUGUGGAGUGCUGUGAGCUGAUCACUUAUCUGGGAGACAGGAUGACUCGCAAAUAUAAAGAACCUCAGAGAAGAGCUAUUGAUUUUGACUUCAAGAUGCAGUCUUUUCUUUCACUGAAAAAUGUGGAUCCAACAUGUAUUUAAAAAGUGA